AUGUUGGCGUCUCAAUAUUCAAAGAGGCUGCUGACCAGUAGCGUGGCUAUUGCAUUACGGCAACACUCGUUUCGGGCAGCAGGGCUCACGCGUCGGAUGCCUGCUCUCCCCUCAGGAGCCCGGUCCAUCUCCAAGUCGCGGAACUCGCACGCUGAACUUCAGGGGUUUCACUCCCAGCUCAAUGAUCCCGCCGUUGCCUCCGUCCUGGGUUCCUUGGAGGCCUCGUCCACGGUCCCUCAGACACUGACGGAGAAAAUCGUCCAAAAGCACUCGGUCGAUCUUCCAGAUGGCAAGUUUGUCAAGUCUGGAGACUAUGUCACCAUACGCACCUGGCCUGUGGCGACCAAAUUCCUCUCCAUCGGCGCCACGCGGAUCAAGGACCCAAGCCAAAUUGUCAUGACGUUAGACCACGACAUCUCCAACAAAUCAGAAACCAACCUCCGAAAGUAUAAAAACAUUGAAGAGUUUGCAAAGAACCAGGGCGUCGAUUUCCACCCUGCAGGCAAGGGCAUUGGACACCAGAUCAUGAUCGAGGAAGGCUACGCUUGGCCAGGUACACUUGUUGUCGCCUCCGACUCCCAUUCAAAUACAUGGUGGUGUAUUCCUCCAGUGGCCAAAGUCCAUUUUCAGGGUCGCCUCCAACCGGGAGUCCAAGGCAAGGAUGUAAUCGUGGCGCUGUGCGGAUUGUUCAACAACGACGAAGUCUUGAACCAUGCCAUUGAGUUCACAGGCUCAGAGGAGACGAUGAGAAGCCUUUCCGUCGACGACCGCUUGACAAUCUCCAACAUGACUACGGAAUGGGGUGCGCUUUCAGGGAUAUUCCCGAUAGACGGCAUGUUAGAGAGUUGGCUCCGAGCCAAGGCGACAGAGUACGCAAUGUACGAGUCCGAUGCGGAUCGACGGAGUCCGGCAUCUCGGAUCAAUCACCAGCGAAUCGACGAACUCUUUGAGAACCCUCUGAACGCCGACAAGGAUGCAAAGUACGCGAAGCACUUGACGCUCAACCUCGACACGGUCCCAAGCUACGUGGCCGGUCCAGAUUCGGUCAAGGUAGCCACGCCGUUGGCCGAGUUGCAGGCACAAGAUAUUGCCAUCCAGCGCGCCUACCUUGUCUCUUGCACCAACUCCCGAAGCUCGGAUCUCCAGGCCGCGGCGAACGUCAUCAGAGAGAAAACUGCAGCCAACGGAGGAGUCACCCCGAGAAUUCCAGACAGUGUAGAGUUCUACAUGGCAGCAGCGUCGCUACGAGAGCAGCGGGCGGCUGAGGAGCAAGGAGACUGGCAGGUUCUGCUUGACGCGGGUGCGCGACCUCUCCCUUCUGGCUGCGGUCCUUGUAUUGGCCUGGGACCUGGAUUGCUCGAGCCUGGGAUGACUGGCAUUUCCGCAUCGAAUCGUAAUUUCAAGGGGCGCAUGGGAUCUCGUGACGCAAAGGCUUACCUGGCCAGCCCCGCCGUCGUGACCUCCUCGGCUCUCGCCGGCUUCAUCACUGGUCCAGGUGUGGGCUCACAGCCCGCGGACUGGGCCGGCGUCGAACACUCAGAAGGCGAGCCCUUCGCAGAGAAGAGCGUGGACGAAACGCUCGAGUCGUUGAUCGGCAAGCUGGAUGGCAUCAUUGAGGCCGGGUCUGCCGAUCGGGCGGAAGGAGCAGAUUCGGGUAAAAAGGAGCAACUGACAGAUAUCCUGCCCGGCUUCCCCGAGAAAAUCUCCGGCCAGAUCACCUUCUGCGGCGCUGACAAUAUUUCGACAGAUGGUGUGUAUCCAGGGAAGUAUACAUAUCGCGAUGACGUGUCUCCAGAGGAAAUGGCGGAGGUUUGUAUGAGCAAUUACGACACCGCCUUCAACACCAUCGCAAAGUCCGGAGAUAUCCUCGUCGCAGGCUACAGCUUUGGCACAGGCUCAUCGCGCGAGCAGGCUGCCACGUCGAUCCUGGCCAAGGGGAUCAACCUGGUAGUCGGCGGCUCCUUCAGCGCAACCUACGCGCGGAACAGCAUCAACAACGCCCUCAUGCUUCUCGAGGUGCCGAAGCUCGUUACACGGCUCCGAGAGGCGUUUGGCGAGCCGGCAGAUCCAAAGGAGCAGGUUCUCACGAGACGGACUGGGUGGACGCUGGAGUAUGAUGUCCGCCGAAGCAGGGUCAACAUCACGGAGGCGGACGGGACGACCUGGAGCGAGCCUGUUGGAGAGCUCCCGCCAAACGUGCAGGAGAUCAUUGCUGUCGGCGGGUUGGAGAAGUGGGUGAAGAGCAAAAUUGAGGCUUAG